AGUCCAAGGAGGGCAAUGCCCAUGCGCACUCCACAGAGGACGUUGUUAUCCUCUUAUCCUCAUUCACAUCAACAUUCCUGAAUAUCCAGCGGUGGAUUUAUUUCUCACACAUCCUGUAGGUGCGUUUGGAAUUGAUGCAUUUGACCGUAACCUUACUGUGUUGUAAUUGACGCAUUAUAAUCAUCUGGCGGCUUGGAUGUUUUAUUGGCGUGAAUGUUGUUUAUCGGCUAGGAAACAAAUUGGACACCUGCGUGGACUUGAGAUGGCACACCACACAGCGCGUCGUGCACGAAGCAGUGAAAACAAUGUCAAAUGGAUGUACAGAAAAUAGACUGUAGCGCUGCAGAAAUAUCAUCAAAGUUGUGUUUGAGCUCCCCCUUGUGAGGCUUGAUGAUUGAUGACCUACUGAUUGGCUAACAGGCGUUAUUCUGUGAGGAGGGUUAUGAUAAAUGACAGUCUCCUUCCUCUGUGGAUUUGUGUCCACUCUGUUGAAAUAAUGUGGUUUGUCUUCACAGGUGAAGAUGUCUUCUUCUGUUCUGUUCACUGCCCUUCUUGCUCUUCCCCUCGCUGUGGGUGAGUUAUUGAUCUAACAUUGGUACCCCUUUAAAUUAUGCAUCCCCUGGUUGCAAGACAGUGCAACUAAUGGCUAGAAUACUUGUUAAGGUAUGUUUAAAUCAAUCAAUCAAUCAAUCUGUAAUCAGUAGCAUGAAGUGCUUUAUAGAAAAUCAUCAAAAUCGUUUAAAAAAAUCUGAAUCUUUAAAGUGUAAAGAUGAGGAAUCAAGUAAAAAUAAGAAAUAGAUUUUAAAAAUGAUAAAUAUAAUCAUACAUAUACACACACAUACAUGCAUACCCAUAAAUGGACAUGUAUAUAUACGUAUAUACAUGAAAUAAAGUUUAAACAGUACAGAAUGACCUAGGGAAGUUAGGAAACGCUAUCAUGAGAUCAUAAGGAGGGGACACCAGAGUUAAGAUCAAAAAAGAUUAAGAAAACAGAUAAAUUGAUAUAAUAAAUACGAUGAUAAAACACUAAAUGAACACUUUAAUGUACCAUACUAGAGAAUACUAGAUAGGAGAAUAAAACAGAGUCAGCAAAAAUGAUAAAACAGAAUAAGAAUAGGAUAAGAAUUAAUACGAAUGUUAAAACUUGAAUAAAUAUUAAUAAAUAAAUUGUAAACUCAGCCAAAAGUUCAACUAAAAAGGUAGGCUUUAAGUUUACUUUUAAAAAGAUUAAACAUGUUAUAACCAAGUGUCUAUGUGUCACCGCUGAAGCUAGUGAGCCAUUUGAAACUGUCAUUGCAAAUGGAAAUUAAAAAAAGAUGAAGGUCUUAUUAUCAACAUAUCAAAUAAUUUGUUACCCAGAAAUGCUCCAUCUGGUUUUGAUAAUCUUGUUCUUUUAAGGAAGUGAGGGGUGAACAGUCCCUAUCAAGGUAUACAGACAACCAAGUUAAUAAAAACUGUAAUGAGGGUAAAAAAAUAAAUAAUCUAGACGGUUAUACUACUAAACCAAAAGACUGUGUGGUUCGUUGAGAGGCCUAUCUCUUUUUGGGAGCAGGGUCAUUCCCUAUUUAGUUUGAGUAGUGCAGCUAGAUGAAGUAGGUACAUCUAGUUAGUGGAAGCAUCAAAGUCAGUCAUCUGCCGUGACAGAAUAAAUGAGGGGCCUGAAGAAGAGGUAAGCAUAUGCUUGGGGGACACCAUAGGAAAACUGAAUGACAUAAGAAUAUUACACAUAGACUGUAUAUAAGAUGGACGCCGUCUGUCUCCUCGCCGGGUGAAGUCACUCCGAGAACAGCACCCCCUAGAGCCUGGCUGCAGUGCAAGUCAUAAACCCCACUUCUGCCAGCAAAGUGAAUGGAGCGGCGGACGGCCUUUAGAAAUUAAUUACACAGAAAAUACACUUUUCUCACCCCCGACUGCGAUGUUGACAUGUAGUGAUUAUUAGACUGGUUUGUGUUCAGGUCUUUUUUUCUCUCUGCAGCUCCAUUUUAAAAAGUUAUUAGGAGUCAUAAAAACAGGAAAUUGCGUCAUUCUCUACACUUGCCGCUUGUGUGUCGCUCUUUUUCGUUCAUCGUCAAGACCAAUCGGGUUUGCUAGCGGAGAAGAGGAUUACAUUUUUCCAUCGUUUUUCUCUUUUGUUACAUUGGAAAAAUGAGUUGUUCUGCAGUAAACUGUGUUAACCGACAUGUGACAUGACCGCUGACACAUUUCACAUUAUAUUAGGAGAAGUAGAACUUACUUAUUCUUGGUCGCGACGAGCGGGGAAGCUAUUAGCGUUACGAAUGAAAGGCUGGAAGGACAUCCGGGAGGGGGGCACUUUUUGAGCGGAGCGUCAUCGCUCCGAGUCUCCCGCCCAGCCAAAAACGUCUGCGUACAACGCUACUGCGCAGCUCUGGUUUGGAGAAAUGGAGAAAAACCCGGAAUUACCGAGAGCUUUUUGGCUUCAAAUCCGUAUACAGGCGGAAGGCGGAACCAGGCUGUCCAUCUUAUAUACAGUCUAUGAUAUUACACAGCAAGUUAAAUAUGAAUAACUGCAACCAAACAAACUUCGGGCAAUAGCACCCUGAGUUUUUAGGCAAUUAUGGAGGUCCAUAAUUUCCUCCGUAUAGGUUUGAUCCAAACAGAAAUCUAGAUAACUAAUAAGGAUCCCAUUCACUCUGCUUUCCUCACAGGUUGGGUUGUAUUGGGUAAGUCCCAGCAAAAUUUUGCUUAACUUAACCUACCUCUACAUGAUAGUUCUUGAGGAGGUUACCAACUUUUUUACUUUUUGAUUUUUACUAAACUAACAGGUGAAAGAGAAGAAGCCCAAAGGCUUUGUGCGGGGAAAGAAUUUCGUCUGCCAGUGUACUCUACAUCCAGAAUAGUAACUUUUACACCAAAUUUGGAGGAAGAGAAACGCGUCUUGCUUGAAAAGACAAAUGUAAGCACAGAUGUUAGUCUCUUCUUGAGAUUUUUUUGGUUAUUUGUGUGUGCACAGAUUUCCUAAUCCUUUUUGCUGACCAACUGCAGGUGAAAGACCCACGGUUUGAAUGGACCAGAGAUAAGAUGUUAGUCCUGAGAGAAGUGACUCAUGCUGAUCAGGGACUUUAUUCCAUCAAACUGUCAUCGGGAUUCACUUACGAGACUGUUCGUUUGACUGUUUCGGGUAUGACAGUUUCUGCUGUUUUUAAAAGUGUAUCUCUGUGUUUUACCCAAUCCACCUGCAUCUCUAAUUGGUCAGUAGGUAUUGUGAUAAUACUACAUCACAUGUAGGGUGUCCUUCAUUCAAGUUAUGCUUAAGUAUAGGUAUCUUAGAGAGAAAAAUGUACUUAAAAUAUGAAAGGUGGGCCUUCUGCUAGGAAAUUUCCCAUGAAGUUAACAUUUGGGAUGUAAUACUGUCGUAGUAUCGGUAUCGGCAGAUAAUAGCUUGCGAAUUGAAUUAUUGGUAUUGGUCAUUAUGGACAUUUCUCCAGAUAUAUUUAUCAGCCCUGAAGGUACAGCUUUUGGUUGUGUCACAAAGUGUUGAAGACAGACAGACAUAUUAGUACAUUUCUGUAUUGACAAAAAAUAUCAAGAAUAAAUUGCUGUUUGACUGUAACAAAUAGACUCUCAUAAUAGCAGUAUCAGAUAAACUGAGAAACUUCAUCAUGAAAACAGUGUGUAUGUAUCAGUGCCCAUAUUGGCCAAAAUAAGUUUGAAAAUAUCAGCAUUGUGGAUAUUGGCAAAAAAAAAUCCAGUAUGAUUCAUCUACUUUUCAUUUUUAUAGUUAGCAUUUUUUUAAUUAAUUAAUUCUUUAGUAGUUCUCUAUCAAUAAUAGUUUGUGCUUGUUUGGACUGCCUUAUAGUCAGUUGGGUAUUUUAGACCAGAGGUUCCUAUUUUAAAGGUCAAAGAUACUUCAGACUUACUCUAAUCCUUACUUUGUGAAAUAUUUGAUUAUUUUCACUCUUGAGAUCUCAAACUAUUAACCUAAUGAAACAAUGCAGUUGUAUUGGCGGUUAUUUGAUCUGCCUAAAUAUGGAUUUUUUUGAUGCAGAUUAUUCCCUCUGCCUCCCUCUCUCUCUCUCCUGCUCCAGAAUGCAUUAAAUCUUACUACAGAAACUACGGAGAAAACUUUGACUACAACAUCCCUGAAAAUGGCUCCUUACUGGAGUUUUUACCACGGGGCGCACCGCAUGAGGCCAUGCCUGUUGUGCUGUGGAACAAGACGGACCCUGUCACCAGCAAUGCAGGUCGGGGGCGACUGAGAAGUGGGAAGCUCUGGGUGGCUGAGAGAGUGACACAAGCGGACCAAGGCAACUACACUAUAAGAGACGAUAAGGGGAAAGCCAUUUCUCGCAGCACCCUCACUGUCAGGGGUGAGCAGAGACAGACAACAUGAAGAUAUGCUUUGAGAAGCUGUCUGAUGAGUUUCUCACUUAAGGACACUGUUAACUGUAAAAUUUAUAUUUAUCUUUCCUUUUCCAUCUGACACCCUCAUGUACCUACCAUGCUCUCCUCCUGUUCAUGAUCCUGUAUGUGGUCACAGGGCACUCCUUCAAUGUCACUCGUUUCACCAAGGAGUCUCUAAACCUGCCCCUCUUUCUUCCUGUCCCUCAUGCCCAUCUCAUUUUCAUCCCCACCCGAUACCCUGAUGAAUCUUCCCUGGGCCCCUUUGACCCCAAGCCCCCCCGAGGACCUGUGCAGCUCAUGCGGGAGGGCCACAUAACAGACUACGACAUGCGCUACAGGGGCUUGAUCUCUCUGGGCAGGAAUGGCAGCAUGAAUGAGGUUGUCAUAGUGAGACUAACCCCAAGGCAUGAUGGAGUCUAUGAAAUCAGAGACGAGGGUGGCAACUUGGUGUCCUCUACCUUGUUGCAGGUGAUUGGUGAGUAUCCAAAGUUGAUUUUUUGUUUGUGAAUUCAUUGUGUCUUUUGAAUCGUUAUUCACUCUUGUCUCUGUGUCUGCUCUCUUUAGAAAAGGGAGGCCGUUGGCGAGCUCUGCUCAAGUCUAUCACUGUCCCUUCUGGUAUGUUUGUUUCACUGGCUGGUUUUAUUCUCUUCAUGAAAAGAUAUCCGAGCUGUAGCCUCUCACAGUUCAUCCCUGGCUUAAGGUCAAACCGCACGCCACCAAACAACCCUCCAAGGGUCAACAUCCAGGUGAGGAAAUCAGGAGAGCCCUUUAAAAUGCCUUAGAAAAUUCAGUAAGUGUAAAUAAUAAUUGAAAUCUAUAUUUAGGUUCCUUUUAUAUCACUGUAGUGCUACUAAGUCUUGCAGGUAGAUGUGGUAUGGUUUUCGGGGGCUUUUUUGUCUUAGUUAGGUAAGGCAGCUGAAGCAAAAGGUAAUCCCUCUGGAGAUCUAUACUCGUGUAUAAUCUAUGUAAAAUAUGUAAUAGUAUAAAUUCCUAAAACAUAAAAACAACAACAUUGAUUUGUACCAUACUGAUGCCAUAAUAAGUCGUUUGUAAGACCGUCCAUAGAAGAAAGGGACCAACAAAAAAAACUCUGUAUGGUUCUGAAAUGCACUCAGUAGUUUUCUACCUCUGUGUUCUCUAAGGAUGUGUCACUAAACUUAAUUGGUGCAGUGAGCUUAAUAAGAUGUGUGUUUGCAGGAGUAUAGCCAGCCAAGUCCCCAGCCCUCGGGCUUCUACGGUCAUCCACAGCAUCCUGGCACACCCAGAAAGUGGACCCCAAGUGCCAGUCCCUCUCACACUGUGAGGCUGAUUUGUAAUUAAAUAUGUCAACAGGUUGUUUUGUCUUCAAUAAUUAAACAUAAUUCUGUUUGUAUUUCAAGGUGCACAGUCCUGUUAUGAUAGGAAGUCCAAGAACACAAAACCAAGAAGCAAACAGACUUACCCCGACAAGCUCUCCUCGUCAUAAUUCAUCUAUAGAGGUAUAACUUAAGUUUAGAGGUGAUGAUUUGGGUUUAAUAGAUUAAAAUACUCUCUAAACUUGUGCUUUUGUAUCUUUUGUAGCAGGACACGCAUAAUGAAGAGAGAAAGAUUUCCUUUUCAGUACCAGGAGCUUCAGACUGCCUCCAUUCUUCUGAGGACUGUGCUCAAUUCCAGAUCAAAAAAGAUGGAAACAAAGAAAGGUGGAGCAGAUCACAAGAAUACUUCUCUACACUGCCCCUGGACACAGACACCUCUGAAUCCUGCAGUGUUUACACUUCUGAGAAACUGAACUUCUUAUAAAAAGGACAAAUAGAACUGGACUAAAAAAAGAAGGAGAAGACAAUGAGAAAUUACGAAGAUGUUUUAUCGUGGGGAGAGACAUUGAUAGUGAAAAAUAAGACCUUGCUUGUGCCUUUUGCAUAUUAGUUUAUAAAUUGAACAGUUCAGUACCAAUAUUGCAUGUUAUUUUAGCACUAGCUUUUGUGUGUCAUGUUGCAUAUUUCUCUACACUGUUGACGGUGCUCCUGAAAUCUCCUGUUGUUUCCUACCUCCAGACCCUCAGGACCAAUAUAUUCUGCACUGUAUUGCUGAGUAUGUGUACAUUUGUGUGAAUAAUGCGAUCUCUAGGGCUACAUAGAAUUCAGAGUUGUCAUACGAACAUUCGAGAGGGAAUUCCGAAGUACUUUACAGUAUCAGAGUUGUUUACCCCAUUCACACUGUCAACCAUUCCUUCCUGAAACAAUGCUUGAUUGUCAUGUUAGAUGUUCAGCAGUCAUGACUUUUGGAAAAUACGUGAAUUAACCCCUCAAGGUCAUCAUAGUACUCACACUAGUUAUAUACAGUGUUACAAUUUCCACCAAAUAUUGCUAUUGCUUAUUAAUUCAUCCUUUGUGCAAAUUAUAAUAAUUUCAGUAUCAACCAAUAAUUCUUCAACUGCUCCUUGUGAUACUUUUGGAAAAUGUGUUUGCUUUAACAAUAAAAUGUAUCUCUAACACAAACAUGAGGUCACUGUAUAACUGACUUUGUCCAAGACUUUUUUCAAAGCUUUUUUGCCUUUGUUUGAUAAAACAGCUGAAGAGCCAUAGAAGAUAUGGGAAGUAGAAAUUAGGAGGAAAAGUCUAACAAAUGUCAUGGUUGAGAAUUAGGGCAGCAACGAGGUCCAUGACCUCAGUGCAUGGGGUGCACAUCUAUGCUGCUGGGCCAAUGGCACAUCGGACCAACACUUACAUCUAUGUCAUUUAAUCUAUGACAAUUAUUUUUUGUGCCAAAGACAGCUGACCGGUUACCAACACAAGUUUCACUGUUAAUGCAAAAUGUAUGUUCAUCUUGGUAAAGCAACCCAAAACCCUGUCAUAUUCAUCUUAUAUUAUUUAAACGGAGGAGAAGUUGUCGACAAACAAUACAUUUUUUUCAAGAGUGCUGACAAGGGCGAGAGAGCGAAAGCAUAUAACCCCAGUUUUAGUAUCGCUAAAAGGUUCUUUUAUUAGUUUUUAGAUGUAUUUAUGGUCUUGGCCCCUCUUAUUUAUCUGACUUACUUUUAUCAUAUCAACCCUCGCGAACCCUGAGGUCCUCUGGCAUAGGCCUUUUAACCUUACCCAGAGUCAAAACAAAAACACACGGGGAGGUGGCUUUCAGUUUUAUGGUCCCCAGUACUGGAACAGCCUGCCGGAGAACCUCAGGGCCACACAGAGACUGUUGAGGCACAAGACUCACCUUUUUAUCCAGGCUUUUCACUAAUUGUCUUUUUAUAUUUCUCUUAUUGCAAAUGUUCACUUUGAUUGAAGUUCUUAAUGUUUAUUUAUGUCACUUGAUUAAUUUAAAAAAAAAUGUGAUGCUUAAUGUUCAGUAAAAAUAUAUUUUUAAAAAAAUCGUGUUCUGCUCACUCCCUAGAUAGAACUACAUUAUAUACAUAGCUGGGAGCAGUAAUGUUCCUCUACCGGCUUUAGGUGGCAGUGGCGUGUCAGUGAAC